UCAGCGAGCACAUACGCACUUGUCGCCUACCGUACUCUUCCCCGCUCACUUCUCGUGCGCCGGAGGAGCGGGAACGGAGGAGAAGUUGCUCCGCAGGCUCCGCUUGAUAUCUAAGCCUCGUGUCUCGAACCAUCCUCACUGCACGCGUUGCUGACACCUUCUCGCUUUCCAUUCCUUCCUUUCUAACCUCUCCCAGCCUUUCUUUUCCCCAAUGGAUCGCGACACAGCCUCCUCCUCUCCAAUGGAGCACAAGUCGUCCAUGCGCUCUUGCACCACGUGCGCCAAAGCAAAGGCCAAAUGCGUGCGGGAAGCCGGCCAGGAAGCCUGCGGAAGAUGUGCGAGGCUCGGCAAAGAAUGCUAUUCCCGCCAGCCCGUUGUGCGGCGCAAGGGCCUUGCAAAGACGUCGCGAGCUGCGCAACUCGAAAAUCUCGAACACAAGAUCGAGCACCUCGUCAAUGCCCUGGCCAACUCGCAGGCACAGAAGGGCUAUGUCGAUCCUCGUCCCACAUCGCCCCCCACUGUACCCCUCCACGACCGCGAGCGCGAUCGCAUAGGCCAGAACAUCGUCAACAGCCUCUGCAUCGAGCCCCAACUCCCCGACCCGCCCAACUCGGGCCCCACGCUAUCGCCAAACACAUCCACCUGCUUCCCAUCCACCGCCAGUGAACUGACAACCCCCGCCGCCCUCGUCUCUCCUCUGUUAUCUGCAACGGAGACGGAAAUGCUGCUGAACCGCUAUCGCACGCUAAUGGCCGGCAACAUGCCCUUCGUUGUCCUGCCUCCGUCAAACGCCGAGCUCGAAAGCAAGCCAGUCUUGCUGCAAGCCGUUUUAACCGUUGCCCACUUUCACGAUUACCCCAAACAACACGUCCUGGUCAAGCAGCUCAUUCGUGACAUCUCCGAACGAACCUUGAUCAAUGGCGAGAAGUCUCUCGACAUCGUCCAGGCCAUCCUUGUCCUGGUGGCUUGGUUCUAUUCGCACAUCUGGUCCACCCCACAAAUGUCGAAUCUCCUUCAUCUGGCCCAAGCCAUGAUCGGUGAUCUCAACCUCGACCGUUCCCCUCAGCCCUGCCCGUCCGGCAAGCACGGCGUUGCGAAACCAGGCCAUCCUCCACCCCGACUGCAUGCCACGCUGGAAGAGCAUCGCACUGUGGCGGGUCUGGUCUUCUUCGUCAACAUGCUCUUCUCCAACUUCAAGAAGAUUACUCCCGUCCGGCGUUUCAAGUAUUUCACCGAGAUACUCGAUGCCCUGCAGCAAGCCCGCGAGUAUCCGUCCGAUCUGUUGCUCGUCCAACUCGUUCGUCUGCAAUUCCUGGCGGACGACUCCUGCUUAGUUGAUACACCGAAUGCUCCGGUCGACAUCUACAUGAAGGCCUUCCAAAACGACUUACAGCAGCUGCGCCUGCAAUUCGACCCAUGCGUCGACCAGACCGACAUCUUCCUGCGACUUCAGUACCUAUCGGUGGAAAUUUGCAUUCUCGAAAUGUCGCUCAACGACGUGCUCGAGGGCCGCGCGUCCGUGUCGGCACACCUGGACAAUUUGUGGCGUUGCUUCGACGCCUGCAAGAAGUCUUUCACCGACGUCUUCUUUACCAUCCCCGCCUCCACUUAUCUCGCCUUGCCCUUCCACCACUUUGCCGCAUUCGCCCACUCCUUUAUCGUCCUCAUCAAAUUGGCUACUCUCGAGGGCUGGAGCACGCCGGAGAAAUUGGGACAGAUCAGCUACAUCAUCGAAGAAACCGCGUCCCGAUAUGAAAGUAGUGCCGCGUGUGGUCCCGAAGGCGUGCCGCUCAACAACGACUCGCUUUCGAGAUGGGCCGCUCGUGUCCGAAUGAUGCGCCAGGUAUAUGAGGGUGCAGAGGGCCCGGAUGCGACGCCGGCGCUGCAACAACCGACGCCUCCCGACGACAUUUUUAGCGGCGAGGAAGCCUUCUUCAAUUACGACUUUUGGCAGUCCUUUGGUGGGACGGAUGGACUCGACUUGGGCUUGUCGGAAAUCGCCAUGACCUGAGUGGCCAAUGGAAUGAGAGUGAGCAGAGUUGUACGAUAACAAUUGGGCGUGCGAGAGGCAGGCUCUACGACCGCCUCGCCUAUUGAGUCAUGCUAGAUCAUCUGCUCUGUGGCAACAGGGGAAUGUACACAACGACGGCGACUGCAAGGAAGCCGACGACGACAUGAUGUAUGUAUGUAAUAGA